AUGAGGUUAACGGAACUCAAAAAAUAUAAAGUUGCGGAGCUCCGAGCCCGACUCCGGGAGCUCGGACUGGACACGAAGGGACUCAAAGCGGAGCUUGUCGAGCGGCUGUGGACGGCGUGGGAAGAGACGCAAGACCAAGAGCGACGAGCUGCCUCCUGCGACGGAGACGUGUCCAUACCCCAAAAUGACCGCCCGCCGCCGACACCGCCGACGGUCCAAGUCUCGUCUGUUCUCCAGCAGGUCACGUCGUCCGCGUCUCCACCGGGGACAGUGGGCCGACCUCCCCCGGCCAGGGAGUACACAGACAGCGCCACCCAAACCGACCCAGAUGCCGGUGCCGUUACUGAGGUGUCGGCACAACAUGGGGAUGCUGGUACCGUUACUGGGGUGUCGGCGCAACAUGGGGAUGCUGGUACCGAUACUGAGGUGUCGGCGCAACAUGGGGGUGCUGGUACCGAUACUGAGUUGUCUGCACAACAUGGGGAUGCUGGUACCGAUACUGAGGUGUCGGCGCAACAUGGGGAUUCUGGUACCGAUACUGAGGUGUCGGCGCAACAUGGGGGUGCUGGUACCGAUACUGAGGUGUCGACAGAACAUGGGGAUGCCGGUACCGAUACUGAGGUGUCGGCACAACAUGGGGAUUCUGGUACCGAUACUGAGUUGUCGGCGCAACAUGGGGAUGCUGGUACCGUUACUGAGGUGUCGGCGCAACAUGGGGAGGCUGGUACCGUUACUGGGGCGUCGGCGCAACAUGGGGAUGCUGGUACCGAUACUGAGGUGUCGGCGCAACACGGGGAUGCUGGUACCGAUACUGAGGUGUCGGCGCAACGUGGAGGUGGAAAACGUGUCGGACCGCCGGACGACGCUGACUCAGCAGCGGGAUAUCUGACGGACCGUGCGUACGGAACUUGCAGAGGACGGGAACCACACGUUGAACAAAAACCUGCCACCUGUACAGAUACCGGUCGUGCCCCAGGGCUUCGAGACCGAAACGGUCCGGAUCACCGCGGGACUCCGGAGGCGCCCCCCGUCCCCAGACAAGCUCCCCAGCGGGAAGAGCAGAAGUCUGCAGCGGGGCAGGGAAAGGAACCAGACACGGCGGAGGCGGGGGGCGGGACGUGUCCUCGGGAGAAAGUGAUGUGCAGAGCUGGCAGGGCCUUCUACGAGUUUAAAGAGGAGAUUCGCUAUAAAAGGGCCAGAUCACCACUGCCUGUACAGGAGAGUGAGGAGGUAGAGGAGGAAGUAAGGGAGGGAGUCAGACUUGAUCACCGUUUCUCUGACCUCCACUUUGAGGUGAGCCCUGAUGGCUCCUGCGGCUGGCCGCGCUUUUGGGCGCGGUUCCCCCUGCUGUGGUCAGGAUGCAGACUGACCCAUGGCGUCCGGCAUGGCAGUGUGGGGUUUGAGGUGAGGCUGGACAGGAAACUGCCCCCCGCAGAACUCGGAGGACCCGCGGGCUCGGAGUCCUAUGGCCUGCGAGUGGGCUGGUCGGUGGCUGAUAGCUCUCUCCUGCUGGGUGAAGAGGACUUGUCUUACGCUUACGAUGGGCGAGGCAAAAAGGUUUCAGGUGGAAAGGAGGAGGACUUCGGAGAGCCUUUGGUAGAGAGCGAUAUAAUUGGCUGUUAUGUGGUCUUUUCCAACAGUGGCGCUGCUGAGGUAUCCUUUCACAGGAACGGCCGUUCCAUGGGGACGGCAUUUCGCCCGAGUGCCUCAGUGCUUCAGGGAUGUGCUCUGUACCCCCAUGUUCUCUGCAAGAGCUGCUCUGUCAGAUUCCACCUGUACCCUACUGACCCUCCCUGGUACCCCAGCCCUCCAGCGUUCACUCCUCUUGCAGCCCUGCCAGCUGGGGAUAGGCUGCGUGCCCCGCCAGCCCCCUUCUCCAAGAGACAGUGUGAGGUGGUGAUGAUGGUGGGUCUCCCUGGUUCUGGGAAGAGCCAUUGGGCCAGGGCUUACAUGCAGCAGCAUCCAGAGAAGCACUUCAAGCUCUUGGGCACUGAGGCGCUGCUCGCCUGCAUGAUUAGUGGCGGCCCAAGGGACAGCCAACUACAGCAGGCAUCUCAGUGUCUGACUGAAUUGAUCAAGAUGGCCGCUAACACUACAGGCAACUACAUCCUUGACCAGACCAACGUGCUCUUCUCAGCCCGGAGCUUCAAACUGCAGCUGUUUCGGGGCUUCAGGCGGGUGGUGGUGGUGGUCUUUCCUUCUACGGAGGAGUGGAACAGGCGGCUGGCACAGCACCAGACACGGGAUGAGGACCGGAUCCCAGAGUCCGCUCUGCUCAGACUCCAAGUGAGCUGCAGUCUUCCAGAGCAGCAGACGGAGCUGCUUGAGGAGUUGCAUUAUGUCGAGCUGCCCCAGGAGCAGGCUCAGGUACUCCUACAGGUGCACAGAGAGAAGGCUCGCAGUCUACUUCCCCCCAUCCCAAAAUAUGAAAAGAAGAAACCCUACCUUCGAAAGAACAGAUUAAAACCCUAUGGCCCUCCCCCUUUUCAUACAAGCCACACAACUGGAAGAUCCGGAUGGACUGGCGUCAGAUUCAACAAGCAAUUGUGGGAACCCCAGCCAAGAUAUUGGAACUCUGGGUAUCAAGAUCAGGGAUGCUACCACAACAGAGCGUUUGGCUACAGCGGUUACCAAGGCUACUGAGGAAGUUGCAUGGAAAAAUACAAAACAGAAGCCAGCAUUUACCCAGGGUUUACAUGUAGUUAUAGUUUGGGAUUUACUCAGCGAAAGCUUUUUUAAUCGAUGCCGUUCUUUUGGAUCAACAGAUUACACCACGCGUGGAUAGUCCGUCGGGAACCGGGACAUUUCCCAGUAGCCCGAGGGUCGUUUUGGCCUGUCGUGAACAGUCAACUUGACCAGCAGCAAUAUAGCAAGCAGGAGUCAGGAAAUGAAACGAAAUAUCGUUUCCUCCAGCCCACAGCAGUGCAACACAAAGACAAACACAUAUCCAAAACCUACAAGAACACACAUCCAAACUACAAAAACACAUAUAUCCAAGUGAGCGAACGCCAGCCAGGAUGACUGUCAGAGCUGCCAUCUGCAUGGGCUAGCAGUUAGCUUACCCUGUGCCACUUCCACGUCCUGUCAGACCGCUCACGGUGUUAACUCUUCGGGCGCAGCUCCAGGCAGGGCUGUGGUCCUUGGGCCCACCGGAGGCAGUAGACCAAGCUCCUCCAGCUGAUCCAGCUCCAGCUCUCCCAGCCAGACACCUUCGACACCUCGCACUCCACACGACGACGCCAAAAAACACAGUCAACUGCAGGUGGGGCCGCCGCCAGACCGCCCAGUGUUAUUGGAACUGCCGGUCUGCAUGGGCUGCUAGCUUAGCCUGCCCCGCUUCCGCGUCCUGUCAGAGCGCGCUCGGUGUUUCCUCUUCGGGCAGGGCUGCGGUCCCCGGGCCCACAGGACGCAGCAGACCAAGCUCCACCGGCCGAUCCAGCGCCAGCUCUCCUAGCAGUCAGACGAAGAUACAAACCCAGAUGUGGACAAAGACACUGCAUGGACGGUACUGGGUGAGGCCGCCGCACACAUUAAGCAGGAAUGAGUUGAUGGAUCUCUAAGAACCUAUGCAUCAGGCGCGAGUCUCACUCUUGCCGGGGUGUCCCUGGCGCGAGGGUGUGCGCGCCAAAAACGACAUCGAGUCUCUCGGUGACGCACACUGCAACCAUCUACCUGCUUCUGUACCGAUAACAUUUUAGAUAAGUCACCCAGUGAAAUGGAGAGAGGGAAAGUAAAGGUGGAGCAGAGGAGGAGAGAAUAAAAAGGCCCUUGCAGCUAAAUGCCACAAAAUAAGUGACAUGUUCAUUAGUAAGGAACCAGGUCAGUCAAAAACACUUGCUAACACACACACCCACAUGCACACACUUGAUGUGCGUCAUGCGUGAAUGUAAACAAUCAUUUGAACAUUUGAGCUAACUGCGUAUCUCAUCCCAUUUUUAAAAAGUGUAGGCUAAUUGUUUUGUGUCUAUAACUUUGUACAUGUGUAUGCACUA